CACAGUAAUCACUUUCCUUGCUGACAACGAAAGCACUUUCCGAUAUCAGCUGCGGCCCGUGGAAGAAGGUUUCCUAUCCCGACGGCUGUGGACAGAGAUCAGAGAUGGCGGAUGCUCAGAAGCCCAGUCAAAGCGUUCUCAUCAUCUUCAAGAGCAUUGCCAAACGAUUCAAUCGCAAAUUUGCUCAGAUAGUAUUCGUUCUCGCCAAUCACAAGAGGGCUGGAUCACUAGGAGCUUUGGCAGGUUUUGCAAUUGCUGUACUAUUUACAUGGAAAUUCUUGAGGUCACCAGCAAGACCCCGGAUAAGGGAGCAGCAAGAAACAGGUUCCACAUCAACUAAUAUUGGUCCUUGUCAGCCAGUUGAAAGUGCGAAGGAUGUUGAAUUAGUUGAUGACUUCCGUCCUCCAGCAGAGUUAUCACUUGCACAACGAAUAAAGAAGAAAUUGCAUGGCAGCAGAAAGGUGACCUGCCAGUUGCUUGGAGUGGUUCUUGAAGAGAGCAGCCCUGAAGAACUUCAGGAGCAUGCAACUGUAAGAUCAUCUGUUGUGGAAAUUCUGCUAGAAAUCAGUAAAAUCUGUGAAAUAUAUCUGAUGGAAAGGAUUCUUGAUGAUGAAAGCGAGGAAAGAGUAAUAUCAGCUUUGGAAAAUGCUGGCCUGUUCACAGCUGGAGGCUUGAUGAAGGACAAGGUUCUAUUCUGCAGCACCGAGAAUGGCAGAUUAUCUUUUGUUAGGCAACUAGAGCCAGAUUGGCACAUUGAUACAAAUCCGGAAAUUCUCACUCAGUUGGCUAGAUUCAUUAGAAAUCCACUGUACAUCUCGCCCAGUGAAUCGGGUUUCAAUUCAGGGUCCAACAUUUUAAGUUCAAUGAGUUUGGAAUUAUAUUUUGCCAAGGAAAAUGUUUCAUAGACCAUUCUGCUUCAAGGCUUGUUUCAAGAAAACAAGAAUUGACAAGCUCAGAUCUUCAAAUCAGUUCUGGGAGAUUACAAUCGGAAAAACAUAUGGUUGCUUUAGAAGCUGCUGCAAUCAGGUGGUGAGGCAAGUUUUUUCUUGUUUACCAUUCAUAUUAUUCUCCAUGAUCGGCAGGUCUCGACUGUAUUUGCUGCUUCUCUUUUGGAUUCCUUACUCAGUUGUAAACAACUGAAGGGAAUAGGAAAAAGAAAAAGGGAGAAGGAAAGUUUUGAGCAAGACCAUUUAGGAAUGAGAUGGACUGAUUGCACUUAUGCAUACAUAGAGAUCCCGACACCAUAGUAUUCCAUCUAGGAUCAGGAGUCUUGGUGGCUUACUUGUUUCAUACUAGUUAUUUGUAUCCCUUAAAUUCAGAUGGCUGGAUGUAUCAAACUCCAUUUCUGGUGAAAAAUAUGGAUGAUCUUUGCAAACUCAGUUCUAGUGGUGUACAUUGUUUAA